CUGGCGUGGCAGAUUUUCAACUUGCAACCUGGCUAAUUUCCUGCUUCUUCUGGCACCAAAAGGAGGGCGAUUCGUCUCCUGUGCAGCCAAAGCGACAGCUGUCAAAGUCGCAGGGGCUCCUGUGAGCCAGAACCUAAAAGGCUACGUGUGCCUCCUGGCCAUUCAAAUUGUCAGGUUUAGGGACAGAAGUAUCCAAACCACAAGUUCUCAAUACUGUAUGAAAAAUGGCUCCUUGCAAGUCAAAGGUAAGUUUUGUGCACAAGUUCCUUAAAGUUUAUUUGUACAGUGGGGAAGCCGAGGCUCCCACUCGCUCUCGCUGCCUCUCGCCUCUCUCUUUCUUUCUCUUUCUCUUUCCCUUCCUCUCCGCCUGGAGCUUUUCAGGACGGUCCCACCGAGCCCGAGAGGCAGGAUCAACCACUAAUGAUCCAGGUUGCGCUGCAAAUCCCCCCCAUCCCUUCACUCGCAGCAGCUAGCUCUCUAUUUUAACGAUCAAAUCAAAGUAAACCACAAUAAGCGACUUUGGCAGAGAUGGAUUUUGGGGCCUAGCUUUAAUCACUUUGACUACCGCAGAAGAUAAUUACUUCCUUUGCUCCAAUAGACUCUCCAAGUUUGGAGAGGUUUUGUUUAGCAAAGAGUAGUUACUGCAGGCGAUUAAAAAAAGGGGAAACAAAAUAGAUAGGGCUUGAUAUUAUCUGGGCAGUGUCUUAUGUAGGCAUGAUAGAGUUGGAGGCGUGCUGAUAUGGUAAUAAUCUUUAGAUUGGUGAAAUAUGUUGCACAUCAGAGCUAGUAUUAAAAUGGCACAGACUGUAUUGGAGUGCUUAAAAUUCCUAUUUUCUGUAUUGGGUUGUGCAGAAAGCUUUAGCUAUGUAUAUAUGUCCAUCUGUGAGUGUGUAAUGUGUUUCGGGGAUGCGCAUUUAUAACAUUGCUGUAACUUUUUCCAGAUCCUAUAUGUAAUUGCAUAAAUAUAAAUAUAUUUAAAUUAUGUGCAUGUGUGCAUGCAUGUACAAAUUGAUGUAUGCGCCUGUAUAAAGCCAUGCACAUGCAUAUGUGUGUCUAAUAUCUAUUUAUUUAUGUAUACAAAGGGUGCGUACGUGUGUAUACAUAUAUAGGUUCCUGUGACUUUUUUUUUUUUAAGCGAACCAAUUGACUGUAACUUGUAGCAUUAAUACAAGAGACUACAGGUCAUUAGAGUGCUGCAAAUUAUGAAAUACGGGCUUGGUUUAUUGAAGAUUGUAAAUAUCCCCCUAGCUCUGCUCUCUCCCUCUCUGCCUUAUAUUGCUGGCUGCCAUUGUGGGGUAGGCCCCAGCUGCGUGUUUACUUCAACAUUCUUUUUAUUUAAGUGGACUGUUCUCACUAGAGUGUGAUUACUCAGCAAUAAACUUUAUGGCCGGAUUUAACUUUAGUCUUUGAAUUUCCAGGACUUGAAUGAAAGGGUGAAAGGAACUCUGUCUUUCUCUGGGUAGCAUUAAGGCCUGAUCCUUACCCUUAGAGCUGUUAGUUAGGCAAGUGAUCUCAGGGGCUGCAGACCAACUAGUCGAGGGGCUAGGGAAGAGAUUUGAGAAUUGCCUCAUAUAUGCACAUAUAUAUGUGUGUAUGUGUGUGUAUAUAUCUAUAUCUAUCUCCAAACCAGCUGUGAGUAUCUUUCUCUGCUCAGGUUUGGAGUAGCAGGAAUUCAGCAGAUCGCAUUGUUUGCCUUCAUGUGUCAUAAACUCGGGUUUGCAAAAGAACAGGGUGGUUUGAUGUGAGCUGGGAGAAGGGCUUUGUUUUAUUUCGCUAGUGCUAUCCCAUUUGAAUAUUGCGGUUUAGACUCUAUCUGCUACUGUGAGCAAAAAUAAGAGAAAGGCACAGAGGUACAGGAGGGUAAGGUUGUUACGUACCUCUGCAAGGUCUGCACGUUGCCGACUGAUCCCUAUUUUUAAUUUACUUGCCUUUAAGGUUAAAGAAACGGUAGUAUGUAAGGUUGACUCAGCUCAAAGAUCUCACAGUAAUACAAAUAUUUAAUAUUUAGAGUCAACCCCUUCGUAAGAUAAAUGAAGUCCAAAGCCUUUGUGUCUGUGUAUCUUCCUAUGAACACUAAACAAGCACAUAUGCAUAUACUUUAUGUUAAAAAAAGUCAAAGUCUUUAAAAGCGCAUAUCCAAAAGCACAUUUGAAAAUCAUUUCCGUAAUAAACAGCUGGAGAUUUUAUAGUACACUAGCUGUCACAUUUUCAUCAAUAGGAAUACCAGAAAGUUAUAUAUGAUAGGCGUGUAUUAUAUUAUAUUAUAUACCAUAAAAUUUUAUAGUUUGAGGCAAAGGCAUGAAAACCCUUUAGAAAUUUGGGCUUCUUUUAUAUUCGGGUCCUUUUCCAAGGAAAAUCCUUCUCUUUUAAACGGGAAUGAUACUAGACACAAACCAUUCACAAUUAUUCAAUAUUCAACAGCUCUGCGUUAUUUGAAUUAUCUGGAGAAUAUACCAACACACACGCACACCCGUUCGACUAAUAUUUUAGGAACCUGGAUAUCAUCGCGGAUUGUAAUUUUUCAUUGUCUAGAGCGAAAAGAUUUGCUACUGCAUAUUUUCACGUUUUUGAAUGUGGCUUCUGGAGCAUAUUCCACGUAAAGCAGUGUAUAGAGAUUCAAAAACUACGGAAAAGAAAAACAUCCCCAAACCUACAAGCAUAUAAACCCGCCCGUACUGCAAGAAACUCUCUAACAACAAAAGAAAGUUAGCUAGAAAUGACAACUUCUCCACAUUUCUGGCCCUGCCCUGUCCUAAGCAGGACAGUUGAAGCCAUUCAAAUCCAGAAACGCAUUAAGAUUUUCUAAUCCGCUUUGAAAUUUGAAAUUCAAACAACCCCAGACUGCCGAACUCUACCAAAAUAUUGCCAGGUCCUAAUUGUUUUCCGAGGGAAAACGUCAUGGAGAAUAAUCGCUGGGAAUCAGGAGAGAGGUCUUAUCUGCGCACAUUAUUUUUCUACUGUGUUUGGGGGAUUAAUGCGUGCGAGUUUGUUUUACUUUAGGCAUGGCAAGUGGCGUUCUGCGAUUUGAAAUAUAGUUUACCUAAUCCUUUGAAAGAAAUACUUGAGUGUAGUGUGUCAUGUCUAAGCGUAAGGCCAAUUAAAGAUUAGGCAACUCUCUUAAUGUGUGUAACUAGUGACUUUGCAAGGCAUAACUUUCUCUAAACCAGAAAUAUAACAAUCCGAUGGAAAGUCAUCCGUAAAUUACAGCUCUGCAGCCUUGCCUAAGCCCUGCAAACGCCCUAAUUGCAGAACAUUACGGGGAAAUUAUUAUUCUGCCAUUUCCUUACAUUUAAUAAGUGUGUAUCUGUGGAAGGGUGACAAUAGAGGGGUUUGCAAUCUGCUUCAUGGGAAAUUGAAUGGAACAGAUCAUGAGGGGCGGAUCAGGAGGUUUCGAUUUCCAACCCUGGAUACUGGAGCAAUGCCUUUUCCCUCCCCGCAAAUACAGAUUUAACGCAUUAAAUGCAGACAUAAGUAAAUCUCCUGACCAAGUUAAGACAUCGCUUUGCUUUCUUAGCUCCUUCUCUUUUCUGCCCUUAAAAUCUCCCCAAUUUGUUGCUAGAGUUGCCAGCCAGAGCGCAAAAACAUAGCUCCCACAGCCGCCUGGUCAUCUUUGAAAAUAUUAUCCCUUUCAAAUUAAAGCAUCCUCACUAAUGUCUCUCUGGAAGGCAAAUACUCAUGGACCAUCGCAGUCACAUGUUCCUGUAGCUACAUGCACAAAUAAUAUCAAAUCUGACAUAAAAAGCAUGUAAAAUUUGCAAGGAUUUCGCCUUAUAGCACGCAUAAGGAAUCUUUCCUAUAUCCCCUCCCCAAAAAAAUGUCUUUUCAAUAAUAAUAUUUGCUAUGAAGGUUAUUGGGUAAUUAUUGCAAUUUUGUGGAACAGUCCUUGCUUGAGGUGAAGUCUGUCUCUGGAUAACAAAUGGCAGCCCGUGCAGUUCACUGCCAGGUUAAGUAAAUGCAGAAAAGAUAAAUCUGCACACCCUAGGAAUCACCAGCAGAGCUCGCUUUAGACCAAGUUCACAGUCAACUCGUUUGCCUAGACAAGGCUUCGCAAACAAUUAGAGUUGUUUCUUUAUGUUUAAAUCAAGGAGAAAUGACUAAGACCCUCGUAGCAGAGAGCUGCAGCUUUUCCCCCAACGCUCGUCGCUACAUUCCUUCCAACCUCACGCCCAGAACUUACCCAGCAUUUCACCUGCAAUUGUAACCAUAUAGCGCCUUUGAGUAACAGGCUUCCCUCCAACGCUGCCGAAAGGCUGUGCGAACUGAUUUAACAGCACUUUACAAAGCUGCGAGAUUAAAGAAAAGAAAGGCAAGGAAAAAAAAAAGGCAAUAAUUAAAAAUGCAAAAGUAUCCGAUUUCUCGACAGCAAGAAGGAAAAAGGAAAAAAAAAAAAAAAAGCCCUUCGAAAGCUGGGGGAAACGGCAGAACUAUUGAAACAAACAGUGCGAGUCUCUUACUCCUAAAAGAAGCUGCAUAGCUUUUGUAUAUCUUUGUGGUUAAGGGCGUUACAACUGCAGGUCAAAAAGUUGAGGGUCAAAAGUUUACGUUUUGCACCACUCUUAGUCAUUCGCCCAGACAGAGUUUGAUGUCAAUGUUAUAGCCGAGAUCUUGACUAUCAGCACAAAAGAUAAAAUAGCUUUGAGUUACGUGUGUAUCACAGUAUGGACUCCAGGUGAACCCUACUGGCUGAAUGACCUCAAUUACCGAGGAAAGGAUAGAAAAUUCCUCUUUUCAAGAGUAAUACACGUUGUAUUUCAUCUUGAAUUAUCGGCCACAUUUGUGUCUGAAUAUCUCGGGUUCAGCCGCGGCAGGUAAACACGCGUGUUACCCCAUACACAGCCGCUGCUGCUGCUUCCUCCGAGAGUCAGGUAGCAAAAUGUUUCACCCUUGUUUAUUAUAUAAUAACCUGCUUUAAGAGGUUUAAUGUUAAGCCUUCUCACUUUGCAAAAUGGCAGGAAGAUAAGAUAGGAGCGAAGCUAUUAACGCGUGUAUCGAUCCUAGCCGCGCCUUUGUUUUUGCUCUCAUUUCUGUAGCGACCGCUAAACUGUGCUUAAACAGGACAUACUGGAGAUAAUACGGGUUAUACGUUUGGUCCGAAGGAGCUCGUUUAAAAUGCGGAGCGGUGAGGCCGUGUUGUGCUACCGACGGAAAAUGUUGCGGAGAAGCUGGCGCCCUGCACCUCUCCGUGAUUUGGAGUGAUCUCACAGCCUUCUGGAAUUACCCGAGGCAGCAGUUCCCAGCGAAAUGGGGAGCAGGGAGGAUUGUUUUCCCUCCAUCCAUCCCCCCGCCCCCCUCUCUCCCCAAAGAAAAAGUUUAUUGGGAUUUCUUUGCGCAGAGACUUAUUCCCACAUUGCUGGGAAUUUUUGUUCCCAGCGCCGCCUCGGUGAUGAAGUUUUAGCUCCUGGGUCAGGCGCGUCUGUAGGGAGAACUGGCCAAUAUUGCACAGGGAAUUUCAUUCUGGGGGAGAUCACUGUAAAUCGGAUUCAGCCUGAAAUGAUGAGGACGAGGAUGGAAGAGGGAAAGGAUAGACCCAAAUAUUCAUAAGCAGAUAUGAAAGGUGUGGAGAAGGUGACAGGGCGACGAGGAAGUCUGAGAAAGAGCGCACCUCACCCCCAUCCAUGCAUAGCUGCCUUUCGACCUCCAAGGCAGGAGGCUACACCGGCCUCUGUGUAGCUGGUACGCGUGAAUUAUUUCCCAGAUACACAGCUGGAUCGUGGCAGUCAAGCGCUAUUUCUUGGGAACAAAUAUGCGAGGAGUUAGAUUUCAGAUUAGCCAAAGUGAUUAUUAGAGAUUUUGCCUAAAGUACCUGCUGAAGUCUGGAAAGUCUAUAAUGCAAGUGUUUGCUCGGCGUGCAGACGUUGUUCACAAAUUGCUGCUGUUACUGGUAGUGAGCCCUGGCACUGCACGUUUGGGGAGCCUGCCCUUGCUGGAGAUAAUAUAUAACCUUUCACAUCCAGAGUAUUUAUUUGGUGUAAGAGCGAAGCCUGAUAACAAGCUAAAACCCGUAGCCAAAUAUCUAUUUUGUUAGAGAAUAGCAAGCAGAUUGUUUCCAAGAAUAACAAUGCGUCUUUGAUAUACCCAGAACGAAAGCUGUUACUAUAACUGGCUUACUCAAGGGUAGGUGACUGAAAUCCAUUUGCUUCCUCACCAAAACAAUUAGUGGCUCGAAUUCCGUAUUUUGAAUCUGGUUUAGAAUAAAAAUAUCAAUGAGAAUAUUUUCAAAGAAGUUGAAACAGCGACUUCAAUAAAUAUCGACUCUUCUGAAUUCUUGUUUAAAUUAUUCCUUUAAAAAAAAUAGGUAACAACCUGGAGCAGAACAGUUAAUAAUUUGAGACGAACUCUUUCUGUCCUUUCACUCUCUGCAUUCAGCACAGUGCUCUCUGGCGUGGAAGGUCUGCUCGAAAGACCAUUAAUUUAAAAUCCGGGCACAAAUCACAUUUUACGUGUGUUUAUUUAACCGCGCCAGGACAGAGCGAGCAAAUCCCGCCAACCAUCCCGUUGUUAAGAGGAACCCCAGUACCAGGGAAGUCACCGCUUUUAGCAAAUGCUGAACUUGGGGCAAAACUGCGGGCAUUGCCCCGGCAGCGACCACAGGAAAGGAGCGCUCCCGUCCGCGGAGGCAGGAGCAGCCUCGGGGGCUGUAUCAUUCCCAGGAACAAAGGAGGGAAUACAGUCGAUACAUUCCAUAACGUUUACAUUUUCCCGCGAUUUUUUCUUAAUUUUCUCUUAGAAGUAGUGACCUGGGCAAAGCACCCCGCUAUCUAAAAGACACUGUUAUAGACCUUUUAGAAAAACUAAGUCCAAGGCCGAGGUGAACUUCAGGUCACCGCGUCUAACAAAUAUGAAAAUGUCGCCUGGUGAAGGGCACGCCUUGUUAUUUAACAAAGACUGUCAAUGUGUAAGAUUAAUAAGAAACAAAAUGCACACGGUGUCACUUUUCGGUCACUUUGAAACUUGGGACAGCCUCGCAUUCAAGAGGGGAAAGCUGGGGCUAAAUAUAUUCAAAAUGGUUCAAAUCAAAUUCAAACCAGGCUGCUAGUCCGAUUCUUCCUCCUCCUACCACUCUCGGUGGAGGAUGCCCGGGCACGGCGAAAGGUUGACUUGUAUUAUUAUUAUUAUUAUUAUUAUUAUUAUUAUUACCAUCAUCAUCAUCAUUAUUAUUAUUAUUACUACAUUUGUUAUUAUUUUCUCUUUCGGGGUAAUUACGCUUUAGCCGCGCAUAUGGAGGUAGCAGGAGUGCUUGCCUGUUUCACAAGAAAAAGGGGGAUCCCUUUUCCCCCUCUUUGGGUAUGUAUGAGGUUGGCUCUUCUGGGUGCAUGGAAAUUAACUCUCUGCCUCUCAACUUAAUUCCAGUGCGGUCCCCAUCUCCCUCCCGGCCAGCCUCGGCCAGGAAACUCUCGCUCCUUUAUUAACUGAUUAAAUUCUCCUUCGCCAGUGAAAUCGAGUCCUUCUGGAAAAAUAAGGGAGCUGGCCUAUUUUUCCUCUCCUUUUCUUUCUUUGAGAGCUUAGGAUGAUGCUACAAGUUUGUUAAAGGGAAGUACCGGGGAAAAAAAGGGUUUCUGAGAUUGUUUAUUACAGCCAUAAAUCUUGCAGUAAAAUGUCGAAAUGGCCGUGUGCAAGAUAACACUUGGUGGUCUUGGCUGGGUUCUUGUUUAUGAUAACAAAACCACAAAGACAUGGAACAGGCCUUUUGGAGGUCCUGCCUCAGCACAUCUUCGCAGAGUAAUAGAGCCACACGAAAAAAACAGACUUCAGCUGAGCAGCUCAGGUCACCUUGCAGAUUUACAGUCGUAUACAAAAUUGCAUCCUUCUCUCUGUAACCGAGCGCCAGAGCCCCACGGUAGAAAGAGGCGCAGAGAAACAAGUAUACUUUGAGAUCUAAUCACGGUAAAUAAUACGAAACAGAGCCCCGUCAGCUCUCCCAAUAUAGCGCUGAGCUUACAAACCGAGACACCACUUUUCGUUGUGUUUUACCGUGGCUUGGGAGCACGGCAGCCUGCUGUAAUGCUCUGGCCAUAGUGUCUCAGGACUUAUGCCGAGGAUAAUAUUUACGAUAACCCAGUGUAAUUCAUCUGGUGCUGCCCAGCAGGUAUUUGUACGUAUGUGUCUGUAUGUGUGCAUGGAUCUUUCUACGCCGGGAAAAUGUUCUCUGCUCGUGGUGGACUUUGGCAAUCUUUAUUUUUUAAAGACACGUAUAUGGGAGCUUUAUUCUUUUCCAACAUGGGUUGCUGUUGGGUUUUUUGGUUUGUUUGUUGUUGUUGAGUUUUUUAAAAAUAUAAAUAAAACAAUCUCCCCUUUCCUGUCAAAUGUGUGUUGUCGAACAGUUGCGGCUUUCUCUCUGUGCGUGUGCGUAACCGCAUUUCCUCUCCAUGCAGAGUAAAUAGAGAAACUUAUCUAUUACCCCAGUUAAAGAGUUCCAUAGAUGUGCUGUUGGAAAUGACGGUUCUGAAAGGCAUUCUCUUGGAAAAGUCUGUGAAGACGCAAAGGAUUUUCCUGGAAAAAAAAAAAAAAAAAAGUGGUCAUGUGUAAAGACACAGCAUCUUGGCUGUCUGCUUAAAAAAUGUACACUCUCUUGUUGGAGAUUGAACAGCGGACUGCAAAAUACCCCAUGGCAGAUUAUCGUCAUUUAAGCCACAAAGGCGAGCGCGGCCAAAAACGCUGGAAGUGGAAGUUUGACAAUAUUUCAAAGAAAGACCAAAUCACCUCGGAGUCAAUUUGCUGGCUGCAGGGAACGCCACGCCGUUAACCCCGGGAGCCCCGAAAAAAAGCCGCUCGGCUGGGGCGGUGGAAGCUGGGAGCGCUUCAGCCCAACUCUGCGCAGCUGGAGGAGGUCUGCCCGGAGAGGCCAUUGGAGGAAAAGCGCCACGUGACAGAGGGGUGCCAAUGUUAUUCUCCAAGGGUGUCAAGACCCUGUCAGUUUGCGAAAUAAAUAUUGGGAAACAACGAAAUGCAAAAAGCGACCUACUACGACAGCUCUGCAAUCUAUGGUGCCUACCCCUACCAAGGAGCAAAUGGUUUCACUUAUAAUGCGAGUCAGCAGCAAUAUCCUCCAUCUUCAUCACUUGUGGAAACUGAGUACCACCGCCCCGCGUGUUCCCUCCAGUCCCCCGGCAGCUCCGUGUCCCACCACAAGGCCAAUGACAUCAGUGAGAGUUGCAUGAGGACCCUCCCCAGCCAGCCUCUCCAGCCCCCCGGCCUCAGCGACCCGCAGGCCCCACCGCAGCCGCCUCCAGCCCAGCAGGCACAACCUCCACCUCCGUCCUCCGCCUCACCAUCUCAAAAUGCCAGCAGCAACCCUGCCCCAGCCAACCCCACCAAGAGCCCGGCUCUUAACUCGCCCACCAUGUCCAAACAGAUAUUCCCAUGGAUGAAAGAGUCUCGGCAAAACACAAAGCAGAAAAACAGCAGUUCCAGUUCAGGUGAGAGUUGUGCUGGUGAUAAAAGCCCUUCGGGGCAAGCCUCCUCUAAGCGAGCCCGUACAGCUUAUACAAGUGCCCAGCUGGUAGAACUGGAAAAGGAGUUCCACUUCAAUAGAUACCUUUGCAGGCCACGAAGGGUAGAGAUGGCUAAUUUGCUCAAUCUCACAGAAAGACAGAUCAAAAUCUGGUUUCAGAACCGCAGAAUGAAAUACAAAAAGGAUCAAAAAGGCAAGGGCAUGAUGACCUCUUCAGGAGGACAGUCCCCAAGCAGAAGCCCUGUUCCUCCAGCUGCUGGGGGAUAUCUAAACUCUAUGCAUUCUUUAGUAAACAGUGUCCCCUAUGAGCCCCAGUCGCCUCCGCCAUUUAACAAGCCUCAUCAAAACACCUAUGGCAUUCCUGCAUCGUAUACCGCUCCUCUUAAUAAUUGCCCACCUCCUCAAAAGAGAUACACGGGGACAGCAGCUGUGACACCUGAAUAUGAUACUCAUCCUCUUCAAGGCAACGGUUAUGGGAAUCCACAUAUACAGGGAAGCCCCGUCUAUGUAGGGGGCAACUACGUGGAGACCAUGACCAAUUCUGGGCCUUCCAUCUUUGGUCUAACUCAUCUCCCUCAUCCUCCCUCUGCCAACAUGGACUACAGCGGGGCUGGGCCAAUGGCCAACAAUCACCACCAUGGACCUUGUGAUCCGCACCCAACAUACACAGACCUUACCGCUCACCAUCCUUCUCAGGGAAGAAUUCAGGAAGCGCCCAAACUCACCCAUCUGUAAGAGACAGGAGUCACUAAGUGGAACACCAAGCCCCUAACUUUUGGAAAGUACUCACCCUUUCCCUUCUCUCUCUCCUCCCCCCACCCUCUGCCCACCCCUCCCCUUCUUGUUUCUUUUGUUGGUUUUGUUUUGUUUCCUUUGGUAAAAGCGUUUUCUAGUUUAUGUGACGUAGCAAUAUUUGUUGCUUGAAUUGCUCUAUAGUUUCACUAGUGGAUAUUUAUCUUCUUGAACUGUAGCCUUGUGUCUCACUUUGGGAGUAUGCAGAGGCUUUAUACUUUACCUUCUACACUUUUAUCAAAACAGGGUAUAUGAACAAAUUUUCUAUAAAAGGAAUUCUUAAAUGUGAAUUUGUUCGUACAUGAUUGAUCCCACGGGGAAGCAAUUUUUUUUAUUGCACUUCUUUUAAAUAGCGAGAAAGACAUCAAAAGCGCUUGGACAGGGGCUCCCUGGACAAUUAUUAAUACGUGUAAGUCUUUCAAUGUGUGUAUGCUGGUGAACAUUCAGAUUUAUUUAUAUUUUUUUUUGCAAACAUUGAAUAAUCUAAGUGUUUAAAAUUUUAUUUAUCCCCAUUUGUUCAUAUUUAUAUAUAUAUAAAAAUCUGUACCCUGAAUAUUCAGGAAGUAUUUACCUGGCCAUAUGUUAGAUGGCAUAUCGGCACGCGUAGGAAAUAUCAUUUGAAAGGAAACUAUAAUUCCUUUUAUUAAAAAUGGUGAUAACGAUGAUGAUGACGAUGCAAUAAAAUCUGGGAAAAAAGAUCACGGUUUGAAUACUUUAUGAUUGUAACAUCCAGCUAGGCAGAAAGCGUGUGAAGCUGAAAAGGCUAGAUUUGUUUUGAAAGUUAUACAUUCCUUGCUGCUCACGUUCUGAAAAAAAAAUAAAGUUUUUAUUCUGACUAAUAAA